AUGGCACGGCAUUGUAAGCAGUGCUUGGGAAAUAAACAAACGAUGGAAGUUAUUGAUUCCAGUAAAUACGUUGGCGUCGUGAGUCUCUUCCUCUUCCUCUUGUCCUGCACACUUUUUAAAGCUGCUAAUGCUCAGCCAGAGGGAUUUGUGAGUAUUGAUUGCGGCGGAGAAAGAAAUCGUACUGAUCUUGACACCAAUAUUACAUGGGUUACUGAUGACCACUACCUACACAACAACCUCGGCGUGAAAGCAGAAUCAUACUACAAUUACGCUCUACGUCAUUUCUAUUUGGGAAGCCUCCUUGUGUUUCCCAAGCCUGUUAAGAAGGCUUGCUAUGAAUUGCCCCUCACCCCGAAUGUACCCCACCUUUUGAGAGUAUCGUUUGUGGAUGCUAAUUCCACUGGAUCUCGAGGCUUCAAUUACUCUAUCGAGACCAGCGAUAUGCUAUACAUGGAAAACGUGAUACCUUACUAUUGCCUGGUAUGCCGCAGUGAGCACAUUUUGGUGAGUACAGACAAAGUGGUGCAUAUUUGCUUGAUCCGAACCUCAGAAUGCGAUGACCCAUUUAUUUCGGCUAUCGAGUUGAGACCUCUUCAAAAAGGGAUGUACAAAAGGGCUAAACCAGGAACCAUGUUGAACUUAAUAGAAAGAGAUGAUAUGGGAGAUGCAUAUGAAGUAACCAGGUAUCCUCAAGACAAAUUCGACCGCCGGUGGAUUCCUUGGUUGCCUGACGGAACUUGUUCGGUGAAUGCUAGCGAUCGAGUUUCAGUAAGCAGUAACACAAAUUUUCCUCCGCUAAAUGUAAUGCAGACAGCCGUCGUCAGCAACACAAGCAACUCUAACAGAAUAUAUUUUACCCUUGGAACAUACGACACUGGAAAUUCCAUAUUGCUGUUGUAUUUUGCAAAUCUUAACUUAACGGAAACAAAUUUAUUCUCUGUUGGGAUUAAUAACGCCAUCCAGAAUCAAUCAAUUCCUCUGAAGGAUUUUUCUGCACUAGAGCUAGAGUUCGAGUUUAAUGGCACGAGAGGUGCAACCAUGAUUCUAGAAUCCAAUACCCCUAAUCAGAGUCCUAUAAUCAAUGCUGUUGAGAUCUACAGUCUUGUUCUCACAAAACCUGCAACCUCUCUAGAUGACGGUCAGUGUCCAAUUUCUUUCUUAAUUUAG